UCAUAUCGGUAUGUCAUUAGUAAAGAUUCGUCUGCACGAAAGUUGAAAUUUAUUAUUAACAUUAAGUACAACCUGACUAAGAAGUAGUAUUGGAAGAUGGCACUAAGAAGAUCUUUGUUCCGUUUAAUCUCUACUUCAAAAACAAGAAACGGCCUUUGUAAAGUGAAGUAUUACAGCUCCCAAACAGAUACUCAAACUGAACGUGAAAAGAAGAAAACCCAUUUUGGUUUCGAAACAGUAGAUGAAGAUGAAAAAACCAAGAAAGUGCAUAAGGUGUUUGAAACAGUAGCAGACAAAUAUGAUCUUAUGAAUGAUGUAAUGUCCUUUGGUGUCCACCGACUUUGGAAGGACAUGUUUAUGAUGAUGUUGGCUCCGACUCCGGGCACUAAGUUAUUAGACAUGGCUGGAGGAACAGGUGACAUAGCAUUCAGAUAUAUUAACUAUUUAAAGAAUCGAGCGGGUCCAAAUGAUGUUCGCAGUAGUGUCACAGUGAGUGACAUAAACCAGUCUAUGCUGGAUGUCGGGAAGCUAAGGGCCGAGAGGCAGGGUUACACGAAGGACAGUAUGGUUGACAUAGAUUGGGUGUGUGCUGAUGCUGAAGAACUUCCCUUACCCGACGAUAGUUACAAUGCCUACACUAUCGCUUUUGGUAUAAGAAACUGUACACAUAUUGAAAAGGUCCUUGAGGAGGCGUACCGCGUGCUUCGACCGGGAGGUCGAUUUCUGUGUUUGGAAUUCAGUCAUCUAACGAAUGGACCCCUACAGUGGAUGUACGACCAAUAUUCUUUCCAAGUUAUCCCAGUCAUGGGCCAAAUAGUUGCUGGACAGUGGCAACCCUACCAGUAUCUUGUAGAGAGCAUCCGACAGUUCCCUGAUCAGGAAAAAUUCAAAACGAUGAUAGAGAAUGCCGGUUUCAGACAAGUGACAUAUGAAAACAUCAGCUUCGGUGUUGUUGCUAUACACUCGGGGUUCAAAAUCUAGAUGUUAUAGGAUUUUGUUUUAGUUUAGAGUUGUGUAAGUAUUAUUUAAAUAAAACAACAUCAAAUUA